CAGUGGCGUUGCUGUUUGAAGAACUCGGUGCGUAGUGUAGCAACGUUUCGUGGUCGCGAGAUUUGUCGUUCCGUUCAUUGUUACGUGUGAUUCCCGUAAAAAUGAAUGUGAUUGCAAAAUCGACGACCGUCUCGCCGUUUUUGCGGGCAACGGCAACGGUCGUCUCGAACGGAGGGGUACCCGUCGCGGCGACCGGGAAAAUUCAGAAGCCGAAGGUUACCGUUCCACCGACCGUCAAACGGACCCUCGGACAGAGUCUCUAUCAGGAUCUCCUCACUGGACCUACUUGCAUAAGCUCGGGAAUUACCACUAGUACGCAAAUACAUCAGCGACGUUUAGCACAUACCGACAUUCAAUGGCCAGAUUUUACGGACUAUCGCAAAGAGGAAGUGAAAGAUCCCAGCUCGAAAUCAAGGGACACUGCACCAUCCCGAAAGUCCAUCUCUUAUGUUAUAGCAGCUGGAGCUUCAGUGGUAGGUGUCUAUGGAGCGAAGGUAAUAGUACAUGACCUUGUUGGGAUAUUAAGUGCUUCGGCUGAUGUACUCGCUCUAUCAAAAAUUGAGGUAAAGCUCGAUUCUAUCCCCGAGGGUAAGAGCGCUGUCUUCAAAUGGCGUGGAAAGCCUCUGUUCGUGCGACAUAGAAGUGACUCAGAAAUCGCGAAUGAAGCUAAGGUGGACUUCGCGAGUCUCCGCGAUCCAGAGGAAGAUAGCGCUCGCGUAAAGGAUUCUAAGUGGCUCGUCGUUAUAGGCGUUUGCACGCACCUGGGAUGCGUACCUAUCGCAAACGCGGGAGACUUCGGUGGUUAUUACUGUCCGUGUCACGGUUCUCACUACGACGCCAGUGGUAGAAUUAGAAAAGGACCAGCCCCGCUAAACCUCGAAGUACCACCGUAUGAAUUUGCAGAGGACAAUAUGCUCAUUGUCGGUUAAUUAUAUAUAUAUGAUUCAGAUGCCUGUAGUCAAAUAAAAUUAUUUAUGAUGGGACGCGCAAGACUUGUUAUCACGCUGGAAAAAUUGGAAAAACGCGUUUUGUAAAUUUCUCGAGAUGUUGCUCGAAUCUUACAUCGUCCUUAUAGCAGCGAGGCUGCUGUAUCGGAUUUAGAAUAAAUGUUAAGUAUAAAUAUUUA